AGCGAUGUAAAAAUCUUCACUGGGUCGCAAAACAUCCCCCGAAUAUAAUCCAGUUAGCCCAUUUAAAACACAAAAUUGCAUGACACUUGUCAUUAGUGUUAACCACUUUUAUUUCAGUCUUCCCUUCUAAAUCAUGUCAAGUUUAAAACUCCUCUCCUUCUUAAAAUUAGCCCCACAAUGCCUCCGCCACUACUCGGAAACCUCCUUCCUCACUGGAACCUCAUCUCAAUACAUCGAAGACAUGUACAAUGCUUGGCUCAAAGACCCAUCCAGCGUCCACGUCUCCUGGGACUCCUUCUUCCGCAACACCAGCCAAGGCCUCCCCCAACCCUACCACGCCCCUCCGAACCUGGCGCCCUCCAAAGGCGCCCUAGUCUCCCAAAUCGCGGCCGUCGCAACCCCCCCACAAACCGCCCCCCUCGACGAAAGAACAAUCGAGGACCAUUUAGCCGUCCAGGCCGUCAUUCGCAGCUACCAAGCCCGCGGCCAUCUAGUCGCCAAACUAGACCCUUUGGAAAUCAUGUUCAAUGAUAAAACCACGACCACGGUGUCGCAAACCGGGUCACCACCGGAGGAAAUCCUCCGAACAUUCCGCCUGGAAAACCUGGACAAAGUCUACAAACUGCCGUCGAGCACGUACAUCGGCGCCGAGGGCGAAAAGAAACUCCCUCUCCGUGAGAUUUUGCACCGGCUGGAGUUGGCUUACUGCCGCCACAUCGGGGUGGAGUACAUGUACAUCGAUGAUUUGGAACAGAGGGAUUUUAUCCGGCGCCGGAUGGAAGCCCCAGGUGUGCUUAACCAGAGCACGGUCCAGAAAAAACUCACCUUGACUAGGCUUAUUAGAACGGUCGAGUUUGAGAAUUUCUUGGCCAAGAAAUGGGCCUCCGAGAAGCGGUUCGGGAUCGAAGGCUGCGACAUGUUCAUUCCUGGACUUGAACAAAUCAUCGACAAGUCGACGGAACACGGCGUCGAGCAUUUUUUCCUCGGGUUGAGUCACAGGGGCCGUUUGAACACCCUGGCUAAUAUUCUUCGGAAGCCGCUCUACCAGAUUUUCAACCAAUUUGUGCCGCUGGAGCCCGCGGAUUUGGGGUCCGGCGACGUGAAGUACCACCACGGGAGUCACACCCAGCGCACCAACCAGCUCACCCAGAAGCACUACAAAGUCACGCUGCUGGCGAACCCAUCGCACUUGGAGAGCGUCAACUCGGUGGUGCUUGGGCGCACCCGCGCCGAGCAGUUCUACAAAGGCGACGAUGAGGGCAAGAAGAGUUUGGCGAUUUUGAUCCACGGAGACGCCGCUUUUUCUGGCCAAGGGGUCAACUACGAGAGCUACGGUCUGUCCUACUUGCCCCACUACACCACACACGGGGCUAUCUGUUUCAUUAUAAACAACCAGGUGGGGUUCACCACCGAUCCUCGGUUUUCCCGGUCGUCGCGCUACUGCUCCGACUUGGGCAAAGUCGUGAACGCGCCCAUUUUCCACGUGAACGCCGACGACCCCGAGAGCGUUAUCCACGUGUGCAACAUCGCGGCGGAGUGGAGGGCCAAGUUCCACAAAGACAUCAUCAUCGACUUGGUCGGGUACCGCCGCCACGGCCACAACGAAGCCGACGAGCCCAUGUUCACCCAGCCCCUGAUGUACACCAAGAUCAAGAGCAUGGCCUCCAUCGGGGACAAGUACUCCAGCGAGUUGCUGAAGGAGAAAGUGGUGACGAAGGACGAGAUCAAGCACGUGAAGGACGAUUACAACAAACUGUGCGAAGACGAGUACGUGAAGGCGUCCAAACAAACACAAAUCUUCAUCAGAGAUUGGUUGGACUCGCCUUGGUCGGGCUUCUUCGAGGGGAAAGACCCGCUCAAGGUGACCCCCACCGGGGUGCCGGAAGCCACCCUCGCGCACAUCGGGGCCAAAGUCUCCUCGCCGCCGCCCCCAAACCUCGACUUCGUGCUCCACAAGGGCAUAACUCGCAUUCUGAACCAACGCGAAGCGAUGGUCAAGAACCGGCAAAUCGACUGGGCUUUGGGGGAGGCGAUGGCCAUCGGGUCCCUCGUCAAGGAGGGCGUCCACGUGCGCCUCUCCGGCGAGGACGUCGAGCGCGGGACGUUCUCGCACCGCCACCACGUCUACCACCACCAGACCGUGGACAAAAUGACCUACCAGCCCCUCGGUGACGUCUUCGACGCCCAAGCGCCCUACGUGGUGUGCAACAGCUCGCUGUCCGAGUACGGCGUCCUGGGCUUCGAGGUGGGCUAUGCCCUGGCCAACCCCAACUCCCUGAUCCUGUGGGAAGCCCAGUUCGGAGAUUUCUACAACACGGCGCAGUGCAUAAUGGACCAGUUUCUGUGCUGUGGCCAGGCCAAGUGGAUGCGGCAGAUCGGCCUCGUUGUGCUCCUGCCGCAUGGGUUCGACGGCAUGGGCCCGGAGCACUCCAGCGGCCGGCCUGAGCGCUUCCUGCAGAACUGUGACGACGACCCCGACGUGGUCCCGCCCCCAGGACCCGACUUUGCUAUUAAACAACUCCACGAUUGCAACUGGAUCGUGGCCAAUUGUUCCACACCCGCCAACCUCUUCCACAUCUGGCGGCGCCAAGUCGCUCUACCAUUCCGCAAACCCUUGAUCCUGUUCAGUCCCAAAAACCUGCUAAGGCACCCCGAGUGCAAAAGCUCCUUCGACGAAAUGCUCGAAGGGACGGAAUUCAAACGAGUUAUCCCCGACAGUGGGCCAGCGAGUCAGGACCCGCAAAACGUCAAGAAACUCAUCCUUUGCACCGGGAAGGUGUAUUACGAUAUUAUGGACGCUUUCAAAAAGAAAAAAGUCGGGAAGGAGAUCGCCGUUACGAGAGUCGAGCAAUUGUCGCCGUUUCCGUACGAUUUGCUUAAAACCGAAUUCGAGAAGUAUCCAAACGCGAAAAUUUGCUGGGCUCAAGAAGAGCACAAGAACGGGGGGCCGUAUUUGUACGUUUUGGCGCGGUUGAACACACUUUUGAAUAGGUCACGCGAAAUUCAUUAUAUUGGGAGGGCGGUGUCCGCAGCCCCGGCCACGGGAACCAAAGCAGUGCAUCUAAAGGAAGUCGAAAUGUUGGCGAACGAAUUUGUGGCGCUUUAGUACUGUAUCUCGUAAAAAAUAAAAGUUUCGUCAUUGCCGCUUUGA